AUGAACCUGUCAAUGAAAGAGGGUAUGCUCGGCGUUGUGCUGGCAAACAGUAACAAAAUCAUCUCGACUGCCUGUACCGCUUCAUCUCUUGUUAUUACGUUAAGCGACAGCACCUCAGCUGCCGAUAUCCUAGCCUCAAUCCCAGAUACAGGAACCGUCCUAAUCACUAGCAGCACAACCUGCAAUGACGAGAAUGCCUAUGGAUUUUGGCUACUCGGAGGUCGAGCUGACUCGAGUGAAGCCGGUUCUAAGCUGAGCUUCAAAGCAGUUCAAAAGAGGAUCUCAGACGUCAGUACUCUUGCGGUCAUCCAAUACGGCAAAGUUGACAACAGUAAAGCAACAUUUACAACUACAACAACUGGAGCCCCCACAGCCCCCACUGAACCAGCUGCAUCUUGUGCUAUCACCAACACGGCCGGUACCAGCACUAUGUCCGGUCAUUCUGGUAUUAGUACUUUUGCGAGUGCCAGCGCUACAGCCACACACUCUGGGAGCAGUAUUACCCAUACCGCUACUAGCACUGGCUCUGACCACCCUCUUGCUACAAGUCUAUCAGACCUUACACCUGGAGCUCUCGAAGUAUACAACUGGCUUAUGGAAAAUGCUCAAUAUUCCCCAGAUGCUUCUGAUAUUCUUGGAACUCUCAGCGAGUCAUACGAAGGUAUCCAUGCAGGUAUUUGUACAGGUCACGAGCUGUACGAGAACCGCGACGCUAUCCACUGCUUCUUCACUGGCUGCGGUUCCAGCCACACGAUUAAGACGACCACGUACCAGUUCAAAGGCGAUUGGCAGGUCAAGAUCCCAACUAUCAGCCAACCGUUGCUGACCCAAGGACCUGCAAAGACGUUCAGCUGCGUCACAUGCUCGUUCAACAUGGACAGCGUUAUCUUCUCGGGUUCUAUAGUCCUACAAAUGACAGAUAAUGGCCCCAGCUCAGCAACAUCCGCUGUCGUAACUCACGGCGUUACGGGUGGCACUACAGCUAGUGUUCGAAUUCAAUCAGAUUCUGCCUGGCAAGGAUCUUGGGACCACAUAUUUGAUGGUGUUACACUUGGCACGAUAACCCUGGAUAAUGCUUUCGCAAUUACACCGCAAGUAUUUUACAGGAUAGGAUACCAGUUCUCGACCGACUCCGCUGUUGACGUGACAGGUGGAGCAGGGUACAGUUGGGACGAUGCAUCUAUCAACAUGAAUAUCCUCAACCACGCAUCUGACUCUAAGAGAAACUGGACGCCCAAGGUCAACUGGAUUCUACCACAAUUCAAUACGGGGGCAAAAGUAAGCAUCAAUAGCUUCAGCCAGUGGAUUGUUGACCUUAAAGUCGUUGUUCAAGGGAAUAUGGUCUUCAACCCAAGGAUGUUCUCUUCGAACUCCGUGGGCAUGUCCUCGCAAUACAACUUUGUGGCCAGCAAUGGUUGUCCGGCUAAUUCGCUCUCUGUGAUCACUAGUUCCACCAGUAGUUCGUACGAUAUGACGCUCACAGCUCCUGCUACCACAUCAACUGUGUAUCAGACAUCAACCGUUACAAUGGGUGGAAGCUAUGCUCCAGUAUAUAGGCGAGAUGUGGUGCGGACACCCGCGCCAAGGGGAGCUUUUGAUCGACGA